AUGUCUAUCGUUUUACCAGCAGGAAGCGUAGACGGAUUUAAAACCGUCGGAAAAUACUCAGCUCCAACUCGUCGUCCAAUUGAACCAGUUGGUCGUUACUUUUUAGCACAUGCAUCAAGAACUCUCAGGGGCCACACUUGGUCUGAGUUUGAAAAAUUAGAAGCUGAGCGUAAUGUGAAGGAAAUUGAAACCAAUGAAGAUGAAGAUUUGGGGGAUGAAGAACAAAGUGAAGAGUUGUUAGAACAUGAUCCAAGAGAAUGGAAAACAGCCGAUUUGUAUGCAGUGUUGGGAUUAUCACAUUUGAGAUACAAAGCUACUGAAGAUCAAAUUAGAAGGGCCCACAGAAAACAAGUGUUGAAACAUCAUCCAGAUAAGAAGUCUGCCAGUGGUGGAUUAGAACACGAUUCAUUUUUCAAAAUCAUUCAAAAGGCUUUUGAGGUCAUGUUGGAUUCAACAAAGAGAAAACAAUACGAUUCAAUUGAUACUGAGAAAGAUCCAAAGCCACCUUCACCAAAAAGCAAAUACGACUUUUUCGAAGUUUGGGAUCCAAUCUUUGAAAGUGAAAGUAGAUUCUCAACUAAACAACCUGUUCCUUUAUUGGGUGGAUUGGAUGCCUCAAAAGAAGAAGUUGAUGCUUUCUACACAUUCUGGGGUAAGUUUGAUUCAUGGAAGACAUUUGAAUUCAAGGAUGAGGAUGUUCCAGAUGACACUGCUAACCGUGAUCACAAACGUUAUAUUGAACGUAAAAACAUAGCAUCAAGAAAGAAGUUCAAACAGGAAGACAACAAGAGAAUAAUUGAUUUAGUUGAAAGAGCUCACAAUGAAGAUCCAAGGAUUAAGUUGUUUAAAGAACAAGCUAAGAAGGAAAAGGCUGCAAAGAAAUGGGACAAAGAAGCCGGUUCACGUAAGGCUGCUGAAGAAGCUGCUGCCAAGAAAGCCGCUGAAGAAGCUGCUGCCAAGAAAGCUGCGGAGGAAGCUGCUGCCGCAAAAGCAGACUCAAAAAAGGCCAAAGAAGCUGCCAAAGCUGCCAAGAAAAAGAACAAGAGAAACAUUAGAGCUGCAGUUAAGGAUGCAGACUACUUCGGUGAUACUAGCAAGUCUGCGGACAUUGAUGCUGAUGUGGAGUUACUCAUUGAAAGAUUUACUGAUGUUCAAUUGGGUGAGGUUGCUUCUAAGUUGAAAGAUGCUGAUGCUUUAAGUGUAAAGACUACUUUCGCUGAAACAGCUAAGGAAUUGACUGAUGCCGGUUCCUUGGACGCUAGCCACUUAAAAUACUUUACUGCUUAA